AGGCCCGCUCUACGGGGGAAGGGAAGCUGACGCCGGGGGCGGCGCGGUCGGAGCGUGGCUUUGAAGUCGGUUCCAACUGCCACCAUGAGCGGCCGUAGUAGGGGUCGAAAGUCCUCCCGUGCGAAAAGCCGGGGUAAAAGCCGUGCCCAAGGCGGAGCCUGCGCUGCUGCCGACGACGACGCCCGGCGCGACGCGACCCCGCCGCCGCAGUCGCGGAGGCCCGGGGAGGACACGGCGGCGGCGCAGGUGCAGGCCGGCGCGGGGCGGGGUGGCCUGGAAAGCGCUGCGCCGGGUGACGCGGCGGCCUGCGGGCUCCCGCUGGACUGUGGCCUCGCGCUGCGGGCCCGAACUGCUGCGGACCGCGGCCUGGCCGCCACCGACCCGGGCCCUGCAAAGGCCACGUCGCUCGCCCAGCGCCUGGCAGGAGACUCCGUCUUCGUAGGAACUGUGGGAGCUUUGGCAAGGCCGAAAAAUGGUCCCCACGGUGGAAAUCGGCGCGUCCCGUUGGGGAAGAAGGUUCCAGAAGCCCGUAGCUUCCCCAUGGGCAGGGGAGCUCAGGUCGUACUCGGUGGGAAGGCCAACAAAGGACCCCCGGCUGGGCAGUGUGCCACCGGGUCAGUGGUGGGGGAGGAAAAGAAGGUGAUGGAGAGCCGCGCAGGGUCAGGGCCUCCCGCCACCGAAGGCAGCAUGGACACCCUGGAGACGGUCCAGCUGAAGCUGGAGACCAUGAACGCCCAGGCCGACAGGGCCUAUCUCAGGCUCUCCCGCAAGUUCGGCCAGUUGCGACUUCACCACUUAGAACGCAGAAACCUCCUUAUUCAAAGUAUCCCUGGCUUCUGGGGGCAAGCUUUCCAGAAUCACCCCCAGCUGUCAUCCUUCCUGAAUAACAAAGACAAGGAGGUCCUAGGCUACUUGAAUAAAUUGGAGGUGGAAGAGCUUGGCCUUGCCAGAUUGGGCUACAAAAUCAAGUUCUACUUUGGUCAAAACCCCUAUUUCCAAAAUAAGGUGCUCAUCAAGGAAUACGGCUGUGGGCCAUCUGGUCAGGUGGUGUGUCGUUCAGUUCCCAUCCAGUGGCUUCCAGGUCAUGAUCUACAAUCCCUAAGCCAGGGAAGUCCUGAAAACAAUCCGAGCUUCUUUGGGUGGUUUUCGAACCACAGCUCUAUCGAGUCUGAUAAGAUUGUUGAGAUAAUCAAUGAGGACCUGUGGCCCAAUCCUCUACAGUACUACCUUAUGAGUGAACCGCCCCGUGGAGAGAGAGGCAAGGAAGGAAAGUCAAGUCUGGCAAAGCAGCCAGUGAAGGCUCCUGAGCCUGGGAUGAACCAGUCUCGCUGACUGUCCAUAGCUCUUCCCUGACACCUCCUGCUGUAUCUGUUAGUCUGGCCCCAUGUGUUUGGCUGGCUUUCAUGUCGUCCUCUGCAUACUGAAGCCCCGCUGGACUCCAGCUACGAGAUUUAUGACCCUGUUCUUUUACUUCCCCAUUGGCCUUUGGACUUUUUCACAAUUUUACAUGAUCUUACCUCACCCUUAGAGUUUCUGUGUUAAGUACGUCAGUUAAUGGUUGCUUUUCUCUACGUUGACUGGACUCUGUUCUUAGUUCUGGCCUACGGGGGUCUCCUGCUGACUCCUUUGAUACUCAUUGCCCCCUGGAUGCCCAGCCCCCAGCUUUCCCACUUAGCAGUCCUUCCUUGUCCUUGCUUGUACAGCCAAAUGCCUGCAGGUGUAGUGAGGUUCCCAAGAUGCUCCUGGGGCAUGAGGAUGGGCAUAGGCAGUCUGUGAUAGUUCUUCACAUUUCUGGUGAGUGUGAAAAUAGUUGGGUUCUUCCUGCCCAAGCUUGUUUGUGGUCUCUGUUUCUUCUCAGGCCGGCAACCUGCCCUUUCCCUUAAUCUCCCUUCCCUUAUGAAAGACUUCAUUCUAAGGACUCAGAAUUAUAGUGAAGGAAUCCCAGGCAGGGGAAUUGGGGCAAGAAUGUAGAGCAGGAUGAGCCAGGUCUUGGGUGUUGAGUGGGAAGAAUAGACAGAAAUGGCUUGAGAAGUUGUAAGAGAGUAUGUCUGUCUCAGUGAUUGAGGACGCAGGUGGGACCUUCCUCCCUAUUGGGAAGGAAAAAAUAAAGGGGUUGUUGGUGAAUAGGUUGCCUUGGUGAAGUGAAGAUAGGUCAAAUGUUUUGUCUAAUCUGUUUCUCAUCGUGAGUGGAUUUUUUUUUUUUUGAAUCCCAGACAAGCCAAAGCCAGAUAUUCUUCAUAUGCUUUCUCUUGUUACUGAUGUGGCUGUGUGUGUGUGUGUGUCUGUGUAGACCAAUGCUAUGUGCUGUGUAUAUUACCUUGGAGUAAAAUCUUACCACUUUCCCUAUUGCCUACUUGGAAAAACAGAGCUGUGGAAGUUUUUUUAUUUCUUUUAGAAAAAAAAUCUGCAUUGCUCUUUAUCUUGGACAUUUUCAGAAACAAGUGGAGAGGAUGGUCUCUAGACCUUGUGUCAUCAGUUACAAUCAACUUAAUGUCAUCUGUAGUCCCCUGUUCUAUCUGUAUUGCUUAUUGAAAGUCUAAGACACUGUGCCAGUUCAAUGAGGGCUACUUUGAGAGAUUGGCACUCUGGUGGUCAUAGUUGUGGGGCAUACUAUUAUUACAUGAAGUUUGCUGUUUUGCUAUGAAUUAGUGACAUUUCAGAAAUUGGCCUUAGAAAUGAGUCUUCAGAAUUGAGACCCAGGGUGAUAAGCAGGAUAUUCCCUUUCCUUCACAUUCACAAAGAAAGAGACCAGUUUGCAGUAAAACGUCUAGACCCUGGUGUAAGGUACUUCAGACACUUCACCAUAAUACCAAUCUUUUUUCCUGUUGUAACACGGAGACUUUUAUGAGUUAUUAGGACUGCUGUUAGUAUGUUCUGGCCUCAUAAAUUACUACUCUGUCUCAGAAAUAUAAUUUGGAAAUUGUUGCUGUGUUCUGUGAAAAUAACCUCCACAAAGUCAUUACUAAGUGGUGGUUGUACUUGAUAAUUUGACACCCUGUUUCUUCUGUUUCUGUUCCUCUGUUCUUAACCAGCACAAAUAAUUGUGAGUUUGCAUGUAUGAUGGAAAAAUAAAAAAAAAAAACACAAAAAACUUUA